UCCUGUAACUCACUGACACCAAGAUGUUUUAAGAGUGUAUCUGAUGCGUGUCUGAUCUAGGACCACAUACGACACUGGCUAAGGUCUGAUUUGAAAUGAUCCAGCAAUUGGGAAAAGAAUCAGAUCUGAAUCAGAUAAAAAUUGUUGAUCGACACUGACGCUGUUUCUAAUCAUUGCAUGAGGCGCGCAGUAGGUUCUCCUGGAGUUCCAGACAUGUUUGGAGCUGUGUGUAAUUGUUUCAUGUGGCGUCGUGUGUUCUUUAUAUCGUGUGUGUUCUUUCCUUUUCUUUAAUUCUGUGUUUGAACAGUUGAUCGUGUAGCUUCCUGUUUGUAGGAGGACGGACACAGUAACGUAGCUCUGCUGAUCACGCCUGCCUCGUGUUCUCUAUAUAAAGUCUCCGACUCUGAGACUCUUCUGCACUCGUCGUUCAGUGAACAUUGUUGUUCCUCUUCUACGUCUGCGUCCAUCAUGAAGCUCCUCAGUGUGGUUCUCCUUCUGCUUCCACUCUCGAUCUGUUUGGCUGAAGUCGUGAAUGAUUUUACUGAGAGCUGUCCAGGGUUCUUCGCUAAUCCGAAUCAUGUCGUUUCUCCUCCUACGGGUUUUAGUGGGAAUCGCUUUAGACAGAUCUGUCAAACUCGAAAUAAUCAAGCUGAAUUCGCGACACUUUAUGACACGGAGAACAGGAUCCCAGUUUACUCAGCAUACAGGUUUACCAAACUAAUGGGCUGUAAAAGAAAUGAUAAGAACAAAUGGUAUAUUGAACCUCAGCUGGAAGAUGGAAACUUGUGGCCAAACAUGUCUACUGAGUCUGCUGUGAGAAAACAAGGUGUAAGGAUAGUUAAUCAGGCUGUGAAUGCCGAUUACUCCGGGUCUCGCUUACAUAAAGGACACCUGGCUCCAGUUCUCCAUGCCAACUCACAGGAAUGUGCUGAUGCCACCUUCACUCUGACCAACGCUGCUCCACAGAAUCCAUCAUUCAACAGCGGGAAGUGGAAGGUGACAGAAAGAGAAAUGGCUUAUGUACUGAAUACAGAUUGCACUGAUGAAGGCCUGCGUGCAUUUGUAGUAACUGGGGUUGUGCCGGGUAAUAAUAUAAUGAAUAACAAAGUGCGAAUUCCCAGUCACUUUUGGACGGCAUUCUGCUGCCUUGAUAACAAUAAUCAAACCAAUUGCUCAGGUGCAUAUAUUGGAGAAAAUAGUAAUGAUUUUGCACCAUAUCGGAAGAGCGUGCUGGACGUGGAGACAGAGUUAACACAGCUGUAUGGGGAACAUUUCCGUAACAUCAUUCCUUUCAAAUUCCAGUUUUUUGAUGGAAAAUGCUAUACAGAAACUGAAAGGGCACGAAAGCGUAAAAAGUCCGGCUGUGAGACAAAUAAACGUCAAAAAUUGUAAAGAAAUUUAAAGCAGUAACUGUGUUGAACUAGUGGAAAGUCCGAGUGUUGAAUGGUUUCAGCGUCUGUCCUGUAUGUUUCCCAUUCAGUGGAACAACUUCUACACACAUACACUUAAAAAAAUGAAAACUAAUCAGAAAUCAGUCAUGUGUUGAUUGACAUAUUGUUGUACUUUUAAUCAGUUUAUUUCUGUCACUAAAUUGGGAUCAGAUCAUUUAUCAUGAAUCACUGAAUUGCAGUUGGAUUUUCUGCAGAAUUCUACAUCAAUAAAGAGCAUCCGAUUAAACCGUGUCUCCUCUUACUUACUGCCGUAUAACAUCUGGAGCAUAGCUAUGGGACAUUAACACUUAUUACUUAAAUGUACACUAGAAUAUCACAGAUAUUUUCUGGAGAGAGAGAGAGAGAGAAAAAAGAUCUACAAACAUCUGGACAUUCAUUUUUGAGUGAUUUUUUUUGUUUUGUUUUUAAAAACCUUAGAUUUCGGGAGGACUUAACUGACUGGUUACAUACAAAAAGUUUCUGAAUUGGAAAUAAAUCAUGAGGUAUUGUGCAUUUUAAUAAGAGACAACAAAACAAAUUCUGGGAAAUCCCCACCCUGAGUUAAAAAAAAGCUCAAGAUUAUUAAAAGGAAAAAUGCCCCCCAA